UGUAGUGGUAUUUAUAUAUGUCGCGCUGUUGCCACUUAAGCUUGCUUGCACGUAUGAGUUUCUAGUGUAAUGAAUGAUCCUGUAUAGUAAUUCUAAUAGAAAUUUCAGGUUAUAAAUUUUCUAAUGAUAACAGCAAUACUGAAUUUUAGUAUCACGAUUGUGUUAGGAUGUAUAAAAGUAUAUAUGUGAAGACGAUAAGUGCAUUAGAUGAUUAUUAGUCAAUUAAUUAGAGAUAUUGCAGAACAAUCAUGUCGUUCUGUGUGCGCCUUGCUCGAAGUAAACCCAUUCGUAUAUUAGGAAGUAUAGCUAUGAAAUGUUGGGCUCUUUGUGGUACCUACAUACUUGCCUGUUUUCUUUUGUACUGGUUGUAUGGUGGAAUAUCAGCCUUCUUUCUUCUUUGUUUUGCUACUACAGGUAUAUUGUAUCAUAGAGAAGAUCAACUUGUGUAUCGUCCAGAAUGGCCAGCCAAUUCUCGGGUAUAUGUUCCUGCACCUUCGAUAUUUAAUUUACCUUACCAGAGUAUAUAUACUAAAUCAGGGGAUGGUACAAUACUACACAUGUUUUUUAUUUGUAAACCAAAAGAUAAAGCAAAAAAGGUACCUACCUUAUUAUUUCUUCAUGGCAAUGCUGGCAAUAUGGGUCAUAGGCUUCAAAAUGCAGUUGAAUUAUAUUAUUCUGUCCAAUGUAAUAUCUUAAUGCUGGAGUAUAGGGGAUAUGGACUAUCACAAGGUUCGCCUUCUGAAGAAGGCUUAUAUAUGGAUGCUUGUGCUGGAAUUGAAUAUUUAUCUAGUCGAACCGACAUAAAUACUAAUGAAAUAAUUGUAUUUGGGAGGUCGUUAGGUGGAGCAGUAGCUAUUAAUUUAGCUACAAAGCCAGAGAGUUCUCAAAAAAUUUGGUGCCUUAUUCUAGAGAACACUUUCACAAGUAUUCCUGAUAUGGCUGCAUUGUUAUUCGGAUUAAAAUUUUUACAAUAUCUUCCACUUUUUCUAUAUAAAAAUAAGUACCUAUCCAUUCUUAAAGUGCGGUCGGUAACCGUACCUACGUUAUUUAUUUCGGGAUUGGCAGAUACUUUAGUACCGCCGCGCAUGAUGCAAGAUCUCUACAAAAAUUGCAGAAGUCCUUGUAAAAAAAUUCUUCAGAUUACAGGCGGCACACAUAAUGAGACAUGGUGUCAACCAGGAUACUACCAAAACAUAUGUACUUUCUUAAAUGAAUUAAGGGAGAACCCUCCUGCUCAAGUGACAUCUACUCAUUGGCAAAUAGAUGACAUAUAAUAAAAAAAAUUUUAAUGCUCAUUUUACGUCCAAAACGAUGACUAUAUUUUAUUAUAUGUUGUUCAGUACUAGGUCAAUACAUAUUUUAAGGAAUAGAGAGCUUAGCAUAAUACAAUUAAAUCUAUUUAUCAAUUUCUAUUGUGAUCAUUAAUUUUGUUACAAUUAUAAUUUAGCUCAUAAUUAACAGGGAUCAAUCUUCUAUUCAAAUAUAUUGAGAUAAUGAACACUAAAGUUAGUGAUACAACAAAAAAAAGACAUUACCAGAAAUCAACGAAUUAUUCUAAUUUAGAUUUAAUGAAGAUAUUUGUCUCAAUUAAAGUUCGCAAGUGGUCAAAUGAAAGACGAAUCCUUCCAAUAUUUUAGACUUUUAUCCGUAUCAAUUUGAGGUAGUAAAAAUGUCAAUAAUUUUAAUUUAACUAUUUGCAUCGAAUGUUGGCUGUUCUUUAUAUUUAAAUAUAUACAUAACUAAAAUGAGUGCUGAAGUAUUUAUGUAUGUGAAUUUAGUAUUAUAUAUGUAUGUGUGUGCAUGUGUUUAUUUUAAAUUUUUGAUAAAGUUAAAAUAUAUAUGUGUGUAUGUAUAUAUGUACAUAUUUGCAAGUAUAUUAAGUAUUAAAAGUAAACAUUUUUUAUUGUUUCUAUUAUUGUAAUAGUAUUCAAAUUUAGUCAAUGUUUCAAAGUGGAACGAUUUAUAUUUCUUUAAUUUCUUCAUUUUAAGAAGUAUCUUGUGUUCAUAACAUUUUUUUAAUACAAUCAAUGUAGAAAAGUCUUUAAGUAACUCUAAACAAUGUUUAUAUUUGUUGCGUUGUGCAAUUAAUUAAAAAGUUAGCUUUUGUAAUUUUACAGUGAAUAGGUAAAAAGACCUAAAUGAAUCAUGUAAAAAUAAAACAUAUAAUAACUGUGCCAUUACUGAAGUAUAUUUUAUUGUGACUAUAUAAUGUGAUUGAUUUUAAUGUAUAAAUAAGUUAUAACAAAUAUGUAAUUUGAAUUACAAUUCAUGUUUACUUAUGAAACAUUUAUGGCAGCUUAUUCGAUCAAAACAAGAGCAAUUAAAAAAAUAUUAUAAAUAUUAUAUUAUUAUAUAUGACAAAUACUUAAUAAUCAGUUUUUUAAGCAAAGGAAAAUCAUAUUUUUACAAAAUGUUACAUUCUUUAAAAUAAGGAGAACAUCUACAUGUUCUCUGUAGAACAUGAAAGAUAAAUAAAUUUGUA